AUGCUCCGCGACGAGCUUCUUCGAUCUAAAAAUGAUGAGAUCGCUACUUGUUUGUCGCGCAGAAAGCGCAAGCUCAGCGCAUUGUACUUAGCCACGGUCGGCUUUGGCGCGACCGAGGACCCUCAAUACCCCGAACACGAACAGGCCUUCCUCGACGCCAACGAUUUGGAGAAAGGUCGUUAUUUCAAUGAAGCUACCCUUCCACCGCCCACGCACGCACGCGCGUGGUUACCAGACAGCAACGACCCGGCAUUCCUCAAGCCAGUAGUCGAUUCGCCGACUCAAGGCCUGCAGGCGACCGAGGCUCAACAGCGCACAAGAACUUCUCCACCCCAACCCGAUGAAGUCCCACUCAAUCUCUCAACCCCUGCCGAUGCGACUGGAUCACCUCGACCCCAAACUCUGGCCAGCCCUCAGCAUCGAAAUGAAGCAUCCCCGUCUGUCGCGCAAUCUCCCUCCCGCGCCGACCAGAAUGGAAGCGCAUCUAGGCCAGCAACGCCGCUGGUCACCAAUGAUCACGGCGAAACCAAGGCCGCCAGUCCUCGCAUGUCAAAACCGGCCGCAGGUGUUCCCUCGCUGGACAUUCCCUCCGACUCUCUCCCCCGAAAGAAACACGAAACCCGACCCUCUCUUACAUUAGGACCCUCACACGAGCAUCCACCUUCCCCCGCCUCAUCAAUUGACCCCUACAAUAAUAAUACACCCGCACCAGUCACGGCAUCACCCGACACAAGCCCCGCGGAAGAAGUGACCGAAGACGCCGGCAUAAUUGAUCGUACAAAGCAUCACCACGCUCGAGCUACUAAUGGCCGAUCAAGCCUUGUGCCUUCCACCCCGGAUGAACAGUUACGCCUCGAAGAGGCUCAGUCAGCACACAACAAAAUUACUAAUGGCGUGAGUGACAUGAAGCCCAAUGAGGCCGAAAACAGCGUGGAACCGGAGGACGACACAGACCGAAUGGACAUCGACCAGGAGACAGCCCCAGAUCGUUCCGAGGAUAGCGCACAACUCGGAACCAAAGCAGUGACAGAAUCCAUGUCACCAACUGCGCCGGCAGAAGUCGCCGAAGAUUCAACUCUCGAGACACCGGCCAAGAAGUCUGUGUCUAUCCCACCCACACAACCUGGAUCAACCCAACCGGAACGGAUGACCACCCGGGUUUCAUCAGGAGCUCUCCGCCACAAAUCAGUUUCAGAAAUCCUCGGCGAAACUCCCCGGAGCCAUGAGAGGAGCCAUCCCACCACACCAUCGGAACAAGGCUCCCCAGAUUCCGUCGCUAGAAUGCGCUUCAAGGACCGCAAGGAGCGAGAGAAGGAGAGGAGUCGACUUUCAACCGUGGUGUUUCCAAAGCAGCCAUCUUCCCAGCAGGAUAGAGCCGAUCCUAUGGACCUCACCCACAGGGACCUGGAUGCUGUUGCGAAACUAAAUGAGGAGCAGGAUUAUCUCUUCAAACUUUUCCUCAACCGAGCAUACGCACCUCCCCGAGGAACGAAUCUCAAUACACUCUUGGUGUCCGCGCACAAGACUUUGAGCACUGGCAACCACUUGCUGGAGUACCAAGAGCAAAUGGAUGUCCGUACCUUGCGGCGCAUCUACGCUCUCCAGAAUGCCAACAGGUGGCCACUCCGACAAUUGAAGCGCUCUGUUGAGCCUCAGCGACAAGGUACACAUUGGGAUGUUGUGAUUGACCACGCGAAAUGGAUGCGGACAGAUUUCCGAGAGGAGCGCAAAUGGAAGAUUGCCGCGGCAAAGAGCUGUGCGGAUUGGUGUGCAGAAUAUGUGCAUAGCGACGAGGAGCAUCGAAGUCUACUUCGUGUUCAAGCCAGGUUCCAGCCCCCCAUCGACAAGAAUGCACCGAAGUCUGGUUCAACCCCACCAUCCGAAGACAUCAGGGAUGAAGCAUUUGGUGAUGCUUCUCAUCCUACUCCUGAUCUAGUACCCUCUGCUGAAGAAGAGUCGGUUAGCGAUGGCUUCCACGAUGAGCCUCGCCAUGAACUUCACGACACUGUUGCACCGGCUGCCAUUUUCUCCCUGGGAUUGGACGAGUUCAACUUCUCAGUCGACAUGACUCCUGCCGCCGAAAAGCUGUUGGACGAACUACCGAUAUAUGGGCCACUCCGGAUUUCUCCAGAGACAAACCUACCAGCCUUCAAAGACCAGCCUGACUCAAGGUGGAAACUUGACCUUCUGCCCGUUUCCAAAUUUGCGUCGACUAAGAUCAGCUUCCAUGACAACGAACGGCCUCGCAAGCGUAGCCGGUAUGAAUAUUCUCAGUAUGCUAAUGAGACUGACCAUCGGAUCACCGAAUUAGCCCCUGAGCAGACGAAUGUUGCGCUUUUCCGCCCAGAGAAUAAACCCAUUCGGGACAGAAUUCACCCUGGACAUUCAUUCCGCCCUCCAACCGAAUACCCUAUGCCUUCUGUCGGCUUCUUUGAAUCGCGUUCGUCGUCACAGUGGACCUAUGCCGAGGAUGAUGAACUGCGUCGUUUAGUCAAGGAAUACUCUUACAACUGGUCGCUUAUCUCUAGUUGCCUGACCCCGCCAUCGAUGUACACUUCCGGUGCCGAAAGGCGGACCCCUUGGGAAUGCUUUGAGCGAUGGGUUGGACUGGAAGGUCUUCCGGCCGAUAUGUCAAAGACUCAAUAUUUCCGUGCUUACCAUCAGAGGCUCGAAACUGCCCAGCGUACCGUGUUGGCCCAACAACAGGCUGCCCAGCAGCAGCAACAGCAGCAACAACAGCAACAAGGUGCUAGUGCUCAACCCCAACCACCGGUUCGCCGCAGGACCACUCAGCCUCUUCGGGUCGACCGGAGACGGUCUUCAAAACACCUUGCUCUGCUUGAUGCCAUGCGGAAGCUGGCCAAGAAGAGGGAAACUAUGCUUCAGAAACAGCAACAUGCUUCCCACCUUGCUUCGUUGCGCAAGGCUAACGAGGCCAACCAGCCUAAGCCCCCUAUCUCAUCGCCAGCUGAGUUCAGUCGGUUGAAGUAUGACCGUGAGAUGAAGCUACAAGAAAGACAGGAGCAGUACCGGCAGCAAAUGAUCGCGCAGCAGAGAGCCAGUCUCCAGGCUCAACGGUCCGGCCAGGCGCCCAACCAACAACAACAACCAAUGAUGAACGGUCAAGGGCGCCCCAAUGCCAACAUGCCUCCCACUUCCAAUCCUAGUUUACCAGGCAAUGUCCCCAAUGGAAUGGCAAAUGGUUUACCUGCCGGUGCAAACGUCAACCAAGGUCGCCCUCUACCGAUGCAGAACAUGCCCGGAGGCGUGCAGCCAAAUGGCCAGAUGUCUAACAACAUGCCGAUGAAGAUGAUGCCGCAGGGUCAAAUGCAGCAAACCCCCGGCUCACGGCCGGGCUUGCCAAUGCAGACCUCCCCUGAUAAUACCCGCGUGAUGCGAGAAGCCAACAGAUUGCAGGAGCAGCAGCGCCUUCUUCAAUCUCGACAAGGGCAGCCUCAUCCCCAGCAGGGCCAACAGCAAUUUCAUAACCAACAGUUUGGGCAACAAGGGUCACCGAAUAUGAACAUGUCAAAUGUCAAUGGUACCCCCAACAACCCUGCUAUGAUUGCUGCUAUGCAAAAUCAAGGAGGAAUGCAGAGCCCAUCGUUCUCUGGUAACGCACCGCAAGGAGCGUCGGUCCCUUCACCUCGUAUGGGUCAGCCUAAUCCUUUGUCCAGCGGAGUUGUACCACAAAUCAGCACCAUUCAGAGUCAGAUCCAGCGCAGCCAUCCUACUUUACCCCCCGAGCAGGUAACCAAGUUGGCGACUGAGCGUCUCAACCAAUACCAGCAGUCGCAACAGCAGCAGCGAUUGUCCCAACAAGCAGCCAUGAAUGCAGCUGCUGGUAGCAUCAAUGCGGGUGCUGUGCAGAACAACUACCAAGUCCCGCAUGACACAAACUAUCAAACCCCGUCGGCGAACAUGCCCAACGGUGGUUCCGGAGUGCAGAUCCCCCCAAACCAAGGUUUCUCGCCCAUGAUGCGUGUCCCCCAGCCUCAGCAGAACCGCGUCGGUCCCACUAGCUCGCCUGCCAUGAAUGGAGCGGUGGCCCAGCCCAGCCGGAGUGCCACGCCCCAGAACCAGCGCAGCGGAAGUGCCCAAGCCGGUCCUGCUCAACCCAGUAAAAGCCCGCACGCGGCGGCCGCCCAAACCGCGACUUAA